AUGUUCAUCCGACCCGUCCUCUCCUCCUCGCUCGGCCAGGCGGCUCGCUCAAGCUUGCGAUCCAAGGCGCCCGCCGUCCGACAGUACGCUACCGAGGCUGGCAAGCCAUCUGGCGGCUCCAACCUUCCUCUCGUCCUGGCUCUCGGUGGUGUCGCCGGUUUGGGCGCAUGGUACAGUCUCGGCGGCUUCGAUGACCCCAAGAAGGCCUCGAACAAGAUCCAGGAGAAGGGCAAGGAGGCCGCUGACCAGGCCAAAGGAGUUGUCGAGGGCGGUGCUCUCAACAAGGAUCAGUUUGUCGAAUUCACCUUGAAGGAGAUCAAGCCCUACAACCACGACUCGGCCACGCUUGUCUUUGAGCUGCCCGAUGGCAAGAAGCCAGGCAUGGGUGUCGCGUCGGCCGUGGUCGUCAAGGCCGUCGGCGAGGGUGUCAAGGACGACAAGGGCAAGGACGUCAUCCGUCCCUACACCCCCAUCACCUCUCCCGAGACUGCCGGCCACAUGGACUUCCUCAUCAAGAAGUACCCUGGCGGCAAGAUGACCACCCACAUGCACGACAUGAAGCCUGGUGACAAACUCGCCAUCAAGGGACCCAUCGCCAAGUUCCCAUACAAGGCCAACGAGUUCGAGUCGAUUGGCAUGAUCGCCGGCGGUUCCGGCAUCACACCCAUGUACCAGGUCAUCCAGGACAUUGCCUCGAACCCAUCGGACAAGACCAAGGUGACGCUGAUCUACUCGAACAAGACCGAACAGGACAUCUUGCUGCGCGAAAAGUUUGACGAGCUGGCAAAGAGCGACGAUCGCUUCACCGUCGUCUACGGCCUCGACAAGGUGCCCAAGGGCUUCAGCGGUUUCGAGGGCUACGUCACCGAGGAUCUCAUCUCGAAGCACCUGCCCAAGCCCGACCUGGCCAGCAAGGCCAAGAUCUUUGUGUGCGGCCCACCUCCCCAGGUCGAGGCCAUCAGCGGUGGAAAGGGCCCCAAGGGAAGUCAGGGCGAAUUGAAGGGAUUGCUCGCCAAGAUGGGCUACGAAGCUGACCAGGUGUACAAAUUCUAG